AUGGUAAAAAUUACUUCCGCGACCAAUGAGAAUUCCGCUUAUCAAGGCAAUAUCCGAGUUGACCGAGCAGGUUAUUUAGUUUUUGAAAAAAUUGAGACUUGCCCUGAUUACCGAACCCAAAUAAACUCCGAAACUGGGGUCACGGAAAUAGUAAAAAACAAAGCAGAGGAACCACUAAUGAAAGAAGUGGUGGAUUAUGUCGCCAAAAAACUGGAAAACGCUGCACCCGAUUUAAGCAAUAAAGUCGCGGUUAACAGCACCCGAUUAAUUAACCAAGGACAAGCCCAAGUCGGGGAAUAUUACCAUGUAACUAUUCAAAACAACUCAGCACCCACUAAUCCAUAUGUUACUCGGCUCCAAAAAUUAUAUCGGAAAAAAAUUGAACUGGAUUUACAAAGAAUAGACCAAGCAAGAAAUUAUUCCGAUUUCACUAAAAAAGUUUUUGGUGAAAUACUUCUCCAUCACCAAGAGGUAAAUUUAGACGAUGAAGUUAAUAGUAAAACUGAUAAUGAAAUAGAAGCUAGAAAAUCGUUAUCCGAAGACCAGGAAAAAACUUUAGAAAGUGCUGUUGAAAAAUUCCGAGGUUUUUCGGAUGUUGAUUUUAAUAAAGAAGAGAAAGAUGAGGAGGGUAAUGAUAAAUAUAAGUAUAGUAAUAAUAAUUUUGAGGAAUUUGACAAUAAACUAAUGAAAAAAAUUACUCUUGCCAUUAUUGAGUCGGUUAGCAAUAAAAAACAAUUAGAAAUUUUUGGAAAAGAAGAAGAUUUACCAAAAAUUGUUGAUGAUAAUAAUGAGGAUAAUUGUUUAGAACAACUUCUUAAUUAUCAGGCUUAUUUAGAUAAUAGUGAAAUAGAUAAAGAAUGGGACGACACUGAUAGUCAAAACCUUAGUGGAACCAUUAAUAAAUUUCGGAUUUUUGAAUUAGUCGCUGAACGACAAAAAUUAACUAUUUCCCCAGAAGAAUAUUAUAUUUGCCAAGAAAAAUUAUUUAACUUACUGAACGCGGCCGUUGAAGAGGUUGAAGGAAAAACUUUUGCGGCGGCUGGUAAAGAAAAAAUCCGAUUUAUCACUUUGCUGGGUGGUCGGGGCGGACAAUAUAAUUACUGGGGAGCCGCUCGCCCUCAUACUUCUAAUUUACGAAUUGAUGUUUCUUCCCGUAGUCCGUUAUGGGAUUUACACCAAAAGGAUGAUAGAAUUAAUGACGAAAUCCCUACCGAUUGGGCGGGUCGAACUUUUGACGAUAUUGUCGGCCAGAAACGGGAAAUAAGAGUUCUUAAAGACGCCAGUUUAGAGAAAUUGCUUAAGCGAGCAAAAUCCCCCAAAACCUUCUUGCUCCAAUACCAAAAGCAAAGUUUAACUGACGAAAUGCCUACUGAAAACUUUCGGGUAAUUAGCAUUAAUGGCAAGGAGAACCAAACCAAAAAUUUAUCUUUCUACACAACUUUUUUUGAUAGUAGUUUUGAGGAGCGAUUAAAAGAAAAUUACCUUUAUCAACUUACUACUGAUAGUGAAUUUGUUAAGGAUGAGAGUCACAACGGAAUUAUUCAAGGCACUUUUGAUUCAAAAGCCGUUUUCUCCGCCGAAAUUAGUUCCGAAAACAAAGAGGGUUCUUCUAUUAACAACCACCACGAACCAACUGAAAACCCUGAGAAUAACGCCCCAGAGGUUAGUGAGGAACAAGAAAUAGAAGCUAUUUUACCUAGUCGUCCCACAAUUAUCCCAGUCAACACUAAAGAAGGUAAACAUUUAAUUUCGAGUUUAAUAACAAACAAAGUGACGAUUAUUACAACGGAUAUCGCUUCUUUAAGUGAAGAAAGAUUAGGAGGAUUACAAAGAUUAGCCAAUUUAGCCGAGGAAGAGCAAAGAACUAUCGCACGACAUUUUACCGAAGCCCAAACUGCCCUGGAAAAUCAUUACCGAAUCACCAAAACCAAACCAAUUAGCCAAAGCAGCACUUCCCGCAACUGA